GCAGGUCUUCCCGGUGAACACCAUCGAGAGAAUCUACAACGUUUGGUGUCUUCUAUUCGGGAUGCUGGUGUUCUCGACCCUGAUCUCAUCGCUAUCUGGGAGCGUCGCGCAGAUCAGGAUGCAGAUGCUUAAGCACAAACAGAGCAUUACGGAGCUGUCCACCUUCCUGUCGAGAAGCAACGUGAGCCCGGACUUGCGGGUGCAGGUGAUCAAGCAGUUGGACGUGAAACUGAAAUACCAGCGGCCACUGGUAUUGAGGGACGUGGAGGCCCAGCUCGAGAAGCUGCCCCUGUCCCUCCGCAACGCGCUGCAUCUGGAGCUCUGCCGGCCGCUGCUGGAGCACUACUACUUUCACUUCCUGUCCAACGGGCACGCAAUCGCUUGGGAGGAGGUGUGCGCUACCUGCGUGGAGUUCAACAUGCUCGCCAAUAAUGACACCCUCUUCACGGUGGGCGCCGAGGCGACGGGGAUGCACUUCAUACUCGGCAGUGGCAUGUUCUACCGGCUGGAUCCCGUGUUCGGCAUCCAGGGCUCCGUCUACCGGAUGGACAGCACCAGGAUCAUGAGCGUGUCCCCAGAGACUGUCAACUCGGGCGCCUGGCUCGCCGAGGCGGGCCUGUGGACGUGUUGGCGGCACACGGGCACAGCCGACGUCGAGGGCACACACACGUGCGAGGUGCUCACGCUGAUAGCGAACAAACUCCUGACGUGCUUCACCAAGCAUGCGCUAGUCAUGCAGCUCACUAGCGCGUACGCGCUGAGCUUCUACAGCUUCCUGCGGAACUCCAAGCCCCCUCUGUGCGAGUGGCCGAACGACCUGACCAUCCCCUUCGGGAACGACGAGGUCAUCGCAGCGCUGCCCCGUGCGGUCACGGUCGUCUUGGGGCAGGUUGCGGUCAAGCUCCUGCAGAACCCGUCGCACAGCCUGCUGUCGAGCUGGAUGAGUGCAGUCAGGCAGAACAAGACUGAGGAGCUGAUCCAGGAGG